AUGGCAUUAUAUAAGAAUAAGGGGCAGAUGGAAGCAGAAAUGGCAGAGAUUGAUAUGAAGGACACUGGUGAUCCACUCGAUCACGCUGGUUACCGAAAAAUGUCGGAAGAUCGAAGUUUGGGAAUUCCUAUUUUCAAUAUAGAUAUGAUAGUCUAUGAAAUCAGUUUGGGAGAGAUUAUGGCUGAAGAUGUUUGGUUCUACUUCAUCAGUCAAUUAAAACCAAAAGUCCCAAUCUGGGAGAUGGUUGUUAAGGUGACAGUUACGACACUCGUAAUGUUGGUUUCACUUAUAGGAAAUUCCGUCGUUGUAUUUGUUGUUUGGAAAAACGCCAGAAUGCGUACAACAACAAAUUAUUACAUUGUGAACUUAGCAAUCUCGGAUAUUUUAGUGACACUUUGCUGCACGUGGGUACACUUGGUGGAUGAUUUGAGUGAAGGAUGGGUGCUCGGCGCUUUCUUUUGCAAGAUCAACACGUUUGCGCAGGUUUUGACCUUGGUGUCUAGUAUCCUGACCCUAACGCUGAUUGCCUGUGACAGGUUCUUCGGGAUCGUUUUUGCGAUGAAGGCCCACACUACGGAACGCCGAGCGAGCGUCUUCAUUUGUCUGGUUUGGUUACUAUCGAUCGGGGUAGCCAGCCCACUUUUGAUUUAUCGCCAACAAAAAGAACGCCAGUGGAAAAACCAUCUGGAGAUAUGGUGCGAUGACAUAUGGCCCGUAGGAUUGACCUUCCGGCCACGUACGAUCUAUUACACUUUCGUUGCCGUCGUUCUCUAUUUCUUUCCUGUUAUCGUUAUGACCAUCGCCUACUCCGUGAUUAUAUGGCGCCUGUCGUCAAGUAGAGUUCCGGGGGACAGCAUCCACACCGACCAGCGGUCACAGGAGUACAAAAAACGACGGGUAAACAACAUGUUGGUGUCUAUACUAUUGGUUUUCGUAUUUUGUUGGUUGCCCCUGGAGAUUUCUAUUCUAUAUGCCGAGCACAGAACAAAUCUGACGGAUUCGCUGCCAACAUGGUACAAAGGCUGGUUCCAAUAUGUAGCCGUCUUCUUAGCCUACUCCAACAGUGCGCUCAACCCUUUCAUUUACUCUGGAUUCAAUGAAAACUUCAGAAAGGGUUUUAAAGAAGUAUUUGGUUUCCACCGUACAUUGCGCAGACGUUACAGUAGUCUGUACAGCGGAGGGAACCAUGCAGUGCGAGCAGAGACUGAGACGAAAAGAACGGACUCCACGAGUUUCAGUUGCGCUUUUGAACAGUCAAACUGUAGCUGCAGUACACGGGCAAGCACACAUGCCGCAUUAAAAUGACCAAUAUAUCGACUUAUGAUAGCACAGUUACACUAUACGAAAAGCAAAAUUACCGAAAGUGAUCAUCCACAAGGUGACUCAGUUGGUUCCCCGGGGCUGUCUAAAUGUUUGGAUAUAAAAACGACAUGUAUAUAAAAUGUUCAAUCUUAGCAAAAGAACACAAUAGCUCGUCGCAUUUUGUUUAGAGCUUGGAAUGGGCAAUUAACGCAACUUGUCGAUAGCUUAUAUAUUUAAGUGUGCAAGAGAACGUAUAUUUUAAUACAUUUAGAGCUUGAGAUCUAAAAUAUCAUUAUCAGUUCUAUUUGGUGUACUUAAACUGUUGUAGCAAAACGGAAAUAACAGUUUCUCCAAAUGGUUUUAUGAGUUAACUAUUUGAUGUGGUUUGUUUAAGUAUACGUGUCUAAAGUCUGUGUAUUAAGCUUUGUAAAUUUAAGUAUCUGGCAACUUCAUUAUUGUCCAAUUGCGUACUUCCGCAUCGUGUUCUCAUUGUUUAGUGUGUAUGCCAUAUGCCGUGGGUGCAUGUGAAUAUAUCAUAUUUGUUGCGAAACAUGACAUGUUUUGUUUUACCGCGUAGCAGUACUCACCUACUCACAUAAUUAUUAUCGCAUGUGGUGUUGUUUGGUGACGUUUGUAUGGUAUAUCAAGCGUGUGGAAACGCGUAUAGGAGUUUCGUCCGGUACACCGAUUAUUACAUAUUAACGCCCAAAAUUCUUGUUUUUCAAUAAUGUAGGGUUAGCCACAGCGUUUUUGUUUAAAAUCGAAAUAUUUCUUCCCCACAUUUCCCAAAAAUGUA